CAACGAUUGAAAAUGGAUUCGUGGAUUUAAAAUUAAAAACGAAAUGGCAUCCGUUUAUUUUGAUGUAUGCGAGUUUUAUGUGACCUUUUUGUUUUGUGUGAUGACUUGAUAUUUCACAGAGAUGUUUAUUAAGUUGACUGCUGACGAGAUAUCCAACAUGUUGUUCGAAUUGUACUGGCCGUAUUUCAUUACCGGUUUGGGCCUGUACGUUUUCGCCAGGAUAACUUACGCCUUUGUCGUCGAGAGGAACAAGAAAUUGGAGGGUCUGAGGAAGAAGGAUGACGACUUCGUCACACCGGAUCAAGCAGUAGAUUUGGAUGCAGAUAACGAAGAGGCAGACGAUGAAGAAAUAUUUCCGGCAUUCCCACCAGAUUUACAACACAUUCCGUUGAAUUUCGAUAAGAUAUCAAUAGAAAAGUCUUUACAAAAAUCGGAGGAGUUCUAUGAAUUGAUGAAUAAGCGUCGAACAGUCAGACAUUUCAGCAACGAGCCAGUCCCCAAGGAAAUCAUUCACAACAUUAUCAAAGCAGCUGGUACUGCUCCCAGUGGUGCCCAUACUGAGCCCUGGACUUACGUCGUAGUCAGCUCCAAAGACAUUAAAGAACGUAUACGUGAAAUCGUAGAGCAGGAAGAGGAAAUCAACUACAAGAAACGCAUGGGCAAAGUGUGGACAACGGAUUUGAAACCCUUCAGAACCAAUUGGGUUAAGGAGUAUCUAACUGAAGCUCCGUAUUUGAUCUUGGUCUUCAAACAGAUGUACAGCUUCAAGGCGAACGGGCAGAAGAAGCUGCACUAUUACAACGAACAAAGCGUGUCCCUUGCUUCCGGCCUUCUCAUUGCUGCUGUCCAUUACGCUGGUUUGGUUUCAUUGACUUCAACUCCUUUAAAUUGUGGGCCUGCCCUUAGAAAUUUACUUAACAGACCUAUUAAUGAAAAGCUAACGCUUUUGUUGCCGGUUGGUUAUCCUGCCGAAGACUGCCUGGUUCCAGAUCUACAAAGAAAACCUCUAGAAGAAAUCCUGGUCGAAGUUUAACCUUUAUUAAUUAAUAUAUGAUAUGAUUUUUACAAUGUAAUAUCUAACUUUAAUUUUUUAUUGUGUAUUAUAAAAUAAUGUGAUAUUAAGGCAAAACACAUUAAUUAAUAAUAUUUAUGUAUCCUCACUGAGUAAAAUAGUUUGGACGCACCGAAAUAUCAAAGUUUAUUUAAUUUCAAGGUGAUACAGAAAAUGAAUUGAUUAUAAAUAGUUUUUAUUUGAUGCUAAUGAGUAUACAGGCUAGUAUUACAACUUUGGAGGUGUAAUCAGGGUUGCCUAUUAUUAGUGAGGUGAGCUUUCUCAAGCUUUUGGAAGGUUUAAUAAAUAAAACUUCGCGUUG